UGGAGAACGGCAUUGCGUUAAGUUAAUGGGUAGAAGCCGGGACUGCUGUUUGGGCUGUGAGAGCGGGAGACGGGGCAAUACGGGAAUGAGUUAAAAAGAGAAAAGAGCGCAGUUAAACCAAGGACAAUAGAAACAGUGACAUUAGACAGCAAGUGUGACAUGUGAAGUCCUAAAAGAGACAGAAGACAAGAUAGGGCGCUAGAAAGAAGUCAGGAGAGAAUCAACAGAGACACGGGAGGGUUGGUUGGUACUCCCGAUGAAGCGCGGAGGUGCAGGGGCACCCGGGGCAGAGACGCGAGACCACCUGGCACCGGAGGAGGAUUAACCCCCAGCAGAGAUCCUCAGGUAUCCUGGUUUAGAAGGAAGGAGGAGGGAUUCCUAAACCUUCCAUGAAAUGCUGAUCGGUAGGAGCAUGGGAACCAAAGAUGAAGGCUUACGCUCAGAGGCCCCUAUCCAGUUUACCAGUUCUCCAUGCCCAGAAGAUUUCACAGCAACAGGAAUCCCAACACCACCACCCCCACCUCCGCCAAACUUGAACUUUUCUGGAUCAUCUGGAAGUCUGCUUCAAAGGUUUGACACAAAGCGGAGGUCACGUCUAAGGAACUUUAAUUGGGAGGCUAUCCCACUGGAAAAGGUGAAAGGACGACCCAGCCUGUGGAGCUCCGAAACAUUUCAAGGAGAACUACAAAUUGACACAGGGAGGAUGGAGGAACUUUUUGGAAAGCAGGACAAGGAUAUCCAGAUAAGAUCACCUCACCUUCGCAGGUCACUCUCACACGGAGAUGCCCAGAUGAACAAGGUUUUUCUGCUGGAUUCGCGGAGGAGUAUGAAUAUUGGCAUUUUCCUUAAACAGUUUAAAAGGUCAGCUACACAGAUAGUCGAAGAUAUAAAGACGGGAAACGGCGAGGCGUACAGCUCCGAGAGAUUGAGUGAGUUAGUGAAGCAUCUGCCAGAAAGAGAGGAGGUGAAGCGUCUGAAGUCAUUUCAAGGGGACAGGGAAAGACUCAGUGAAGCAGACCAGUUUAUGCUACUGCUUUCGGAGCUUCCAAACUACUCCUUGAGGCUGGAAGCUAUGAUUCUCAAGAAGGAUUUCCAUGCGGUUGUUCUGUCCUUGCUCUCGACAGCUAGAGAGCUUAAAGGCGCUGCAGAAGAGAUAUUGCAUUGUACAGAGCUGCACUACAUCCUAAGGCUGGUGCUAAAAGCAGGGAACUUUAUGAAUGCUGGUGGAUAUGCUGGAAACGCCGCAGGCUUCCGAGUAUCAUCUCUUCUGAAACUCGCGGACACAAAAGCAAACAAGCCUGGCAUGAACCUGCUGCACUUUGUAGUGAUGGAAGUUCAGAAGAAAGAUCCAAAAUUUAUCUCCUUUGCAGACAGAUUACAGCAUGUCAACAUUUCCAGCAGGCUAUCAGAAGAUGGGCUGAUUGAGGAGUUUUGCAAGCUGCAGUCACGGGUUACUUCUAUGCACCAGACACUAAGAGAUCCAGAAACAAUAGAAAUAAAAGAGCAAAUGGAUGAGUUUCUAGAGUAUGCAGAGGAGCAAAUCAUGGAGGUUCAGAAAGAAAUCGAGGCUUUGCAGAGCUCCAGACAAAUGCUUCUAGAAUUUCUCUGUGAGGAUGAAGAAUCGUUCCACUUAGAGGAGUGCUGCAAAGUAUUUAGCUGUUUCUGCCAGAAAUUUCAGUUAGCUAUUAAGGAGAAUAAGAUUCGCGAGUUAGAAGAACAACGACGACAACAGUGGGAGAAAAAACGUUUGGAGAAAAGGCAUUCAGUGUGUGCCUCCAGUUCUCCGAAAGACUGCAACAAUGAAGAUGAGCUAGAACUCACUUUGGAGAGGAACCUGCGAAAUGCACGUAAGCCUGCAAGUGUUCGUCUCUGUAGGAAACGCUCUCUGGGAUCAAGCUGUCCUGCUACUCCCAAGCCUCAAAGGAGUGAAAAGAUCCAGGGUUAUUGUGACCAAAUGAAUGCUCGGGAGAUGCGGGAAGUCUCUGAACGAGUGUUAAUGCACCAGAUGGGCUACACAGUCUGUAGGGAUGUAUACAAGGCAAAUGCUGUUAGUGCUGCCAGCAUGCAUAUUAUUUCUGCAAGAACCACAAGUCAAUCAAUAGCUCAAAUUGGUCCUCCAAGUUCCAUCCAAUUAUCAGCCCAAAUUGAAUCUCAGCAUACCAGUCAUUCACUAAUUCAAAAUCAUCCUCAGAAUCCCAGUGAAUCACCAGCCCAAAAUGAACCUUGGAAUUCCAACCAUUCACCAGCCCAAAAUGAAUCUCAGAAUCCCAGCCUAUCUCCAACCCAAACUGAACUACAGAGUACAAAGCAAUUAGCAGCUCUAGCAAAACCUCAGAAUCACAACCAACAACAAACUCAGCUGGAGAUAUGCAGCCAAUCAACCCAACCAGCCCAAACUGAACAUCAGAACAAAAAUCAGUCACUUGCCCAAACUAAGCUACCGAAUCCCAGCCAAUCAGCAGUUGAUAAAGAGCUAUGCAAGUCCAGUAAGUCACCAGCUCCAGGUAAUUCCCGGACUGCCAGUCAGCCACUAGCCCAAACUAAUAUUCAGAAUCCCAGCCAAUGGCCAGCUAAAGCUGAAGCUCAGGAUCCAACUAAUUUCCCACCCCAAAAUGAAUCUCCAAAUUAUAACCACUUAAUGGUGGAGAUGGAGCCGGUGACUUCUACACAAUCUCUUAUGCCAUUUGCUCCUGAUACCUCAGCUUUAUCUUUAAUCCGCUCUGGUCCUCAAUCACUCACCUUUGGACAUUCACCACUUCAUUCUAAAACUGAGGUUCUCGGUCAGUCAUUAGUGAGUUCUGAACAUAGUUUCCCUCAAUACCUACAUGCUAAAUCAGAAGAAAAAAUGCCUGCUCCUCCACUACAGCAAGCUGAACCUCAACAAAUAAUAGUCCAGCCUAGAUCUGAUAUCGUCCAACAAGUACAAUCUCAGCCUGGAACUAAAAUUCAUAAACAGCUACUAGCUGAGCCUGAAAUGAGUAUACUCCCUAAAUCACCACUCCAAAGAAGUGAUAUUUCUCAACUAUUUCCACCGUAUUCUGAUGGGGAUAACCCAGAAGAAAUUCUAGACUCGUCUCAGAAUGGCAACCCCAAUCAAUUACUGGCCCAGUCGUCAACUGACAUUAUUGGACAGUCGUUAUCAGAUAUUACAGCAGAAACCCUCAGUCAUUCACCAACUCAACUAGGAUAUAAAUCUUUAGACAAAGAAUUUGAUAAGACAAACCAGUUAUCAAGUCAGAAUGGAACUGAUACUCAUAGACACUCAUUAGUUCAGUACAAGCAUGAGGCACACAUAAAUUCACUAGCAAGGAUUAAACCUCAGAAAACUAGCCACUUACAGGAGACAGGAGUUGAGGUUUGUGACCUGUCAAAAAUCCACAGUUAUGUAUCUACCCAUUUAGGCACUGAGAUUCAUGAUUCAACGAUAGCUGAGUCUGGGAAGGGAUCUUUAAUCCAGGCAAAUCAGACUGGAGAUAGUAUAACUUCCAAAGUACCACUAGAGAAUCCUGGACUUGACUCCAUCUCUGCAAUAUCAGACAUAUUGGAACCUAAUUCUCACCCCCAUACGCUAUACCAUUCACGUUCUAAGCUCCCUACACAGUCUGUAUCCAAGUUUGGAGCUGAUAUAUGCCGGCCAUCAGUAACUCAAACAUGUCAUGACAUUUUCAUCAAGUCAGUAUCCGUUUGUGUUGAUGAGACUCUCAAACCUUCACCGGUACAACUACAAUCUGAGACCACUGUGCUCUCAUUACUGCAGUCGGGGAUGGAGAAUCAGUCAUUGCCCCUGUAUGAAACCACCAUACAAUCGCCAUCUAAAUAUGGUGCUGACAGUACAAGGGAAUCCAUAGCACAAUCAGAACCUGAGGUCACCACAGCUCAGCCUGAGCCUGUAACUACAAUAAAAUCAUCAACAGCCCAGACUGGCAAUCAUGUCACAAUAAUGUCAUUGACGCAAAAGAGACUCAACAUUCCCAGGCAAUCACUAGGGCAGUUUGGAUUAGAGCCUUCAAGGAAGUCAUUAAUCCAGUCUACCCACAAGACUGCUAAACAAUCACUAAGUCAUUCUGUGGUCAAAGCACAGAGACAAGUUACCAAGCCUGCACUCAAAAGUCCUAGACAACUUCUUGAUCAAGUUGGACAGGAGACCUCAAGCUUACCAAAAUCUGAAGCUCCUAAACAUUCUAUAGCCCAGUCUCGAUGCAUCAGCAAUAGAAUACAUGCUGCUGAGUCUGUGUCUGUUAGACAUGUCAUUAAAGCUAAAGAAAUAAAUGUACAGGUUCCAGAAAUGCAGGGAAAUUCAAGAGAGACAAUGAAUGAGGCAACAAGAGGACCAAGGGUGAGGGGAAUUGUGGAGUGCAAACCAGCAAGGGGGCUAAAGGAUGUUCAUCCAGUGGUUCCAAGGGACUCUCCAAAUCCUUGCUCCAAAUGGAAAAGAGAGUUACAGAAUACAUGUGUUAGAGAGGAGGUUGGGAAAAGAGAAUCAGAAAGUGGUAGUCCAGAAGCUUUCUUUAUUUCUGGAGCUAACAGUGGAGACAGUCUAAAAAAAUGCUUGUCAACAAAAUGUGGGAGCAAUGUUUCAAAAAAGUCAAAAAAUGCUGAUUUGGGGUUUGGUGUUAGAAGAGUCCACCUUACCAAAGAAGUAUCCUCAGGGUGCAUUCAGGGUAUUGGUGAUAUAAAACAAAGGAUAUCCAACCUGAAGCAGACACAAAAAGAGACAAGAGAUAGUAAGUUACCACAGAGAGUAAGUCUCUCCGGCACAGGAAAACUACCCCAAGCCAAGGGGAACAUUAAGGAAAAAACUGAGACACUAAACCCAAAUACAACUGAGUAUAUUAACGUUUCCGAGAGUAAAUGCAAUCCCUCUGCAAUUGCUAAGAGCUGUGUAAGCCCCUCACAAAAGACUGUAAACGGUUCCUUGCACAAUGAGGCAUCCUCUAGAGAGCCAGGUUGGACUUCACAAUUAAGAAAACCCAAUAACAUGGCUCGACUAGCGGUUCAUGUAAUUAAAAACUGUGAGUUCAACUCAUCCCUCCCUCGGGCAACAAGGUACGCAAAUCUUGAUGGACACCCAAUCUGGAGGUGAAAAGCAACGAGGUGGACACAUUAGUAAUCUAAUGGUGCUAAAAAAUGUACUUUCCAGAAGAAUACUAUACUGCUUUAAUGAUAUCAAAAUGCCUUUGGUACAAGCAAGGAGGAGCUUUCUUGAAAGCAUUAAGCAGAAAACAUCUG